CAACGUGUUUGCUGGGGGAACAAAAUAUCUGGAAGCGACCAGUGAGGUGUCAUGUCGUCUCUGGCAGUUCUUGGCUGACUUUACCUUUUUUUAUUCUCUCUCUCUCUCUGUGUGAACUGGAGCCGGAGCGCAGCGCGGAGAGGAGAGGAGAGCAGCGACUGGGCAGACUGGGACAGAGCGGGCAAUCCCAACCUCUCUACAGUUUGAAAUUACAUUAAGUUAGCAGCGUCAGAGAUGACAGGGGGCUGCUGGUGGACGCCUGGACUGGUUCUUCUCGCUGUUUGUGUGAAGGUUGCUGUUUGGGCUAACGAUGGGGACGCAGUGUUCAUCAGGGAAUUCACUCUGAUUCGACGAGACCAUCUUGCAGAAGAGCCGCUCCACGAUAGCAGCCAAAAACCAGAAGACCCUAGCUCGCGGACGGCCCGAUCAGAAGAGGACAGAGACACUCUGUGGGAUGCCUGGGGUUCAUGGAGUGAAUGCUCCCGGACCUGUGGAGGAGGCGCCUCGUACUCCCUCAGACGAUGCCUCAGUUCCAAGACCUGCGAAGGCCAGAAUAUCAAAUAUCGCACAUGCAGUAAUGUGGAUUGUCCUCCAGAUGUUGGUGAUUUCCGUGCCCAGCAGUGUUCGGCUCAUGCAGAUGUGCGAUACCAGGAUCAGUACCAUGAGUGGCUCCCUGUGUACAAUGACCCGGACAACCCUUGCGCUCUCAAGUGCAAAGCCAAGGGCUCGGGCCUUGUGUUGGAGCUAGCGCCCAAGGUGCUGGACGGGACACGCUGUUACACCGAGUCCUUGGACAUUUGUAUCAGCGGAGUCUGCCAGAUUGUAGGUUGUGAUCAUGAGUUGGGGAGUACGGCAAAGGAGGACAACUGCGGUGUCUGCAAUGGAGAUGGCUCAUCCUGCAGACUGGUGCGAGGACACUACAAAUCCCAGCAUGCUUCAGGAAAAACUGAGGACACAGUUGUUGCCGUCCCCUAUAAGAGUCGUCAUGUGCGUCUAGUCCUGAAAGGCCCGGAUCACUUGUAUGUGGAGAGUAAGACUCUACAAGGGGUAAACGGUGAACUGGUCUUUGAUAAAUCAGGGCAGUACAACCUGGAGAACACCACCUUGGACUACCAGAAACUUUCAGAUAAGGAGGUCCUGAGAAUCACUGGCCCACUGGGAGCUGACUUCACAGUCAAAGUGCAGUUUGCCAGUGGAGCAGACAGCGUGGUCCAGUACAUCUAUUACCAGCCCAUCAUCCACCGCUGGAGAGAGACCGACUUCUUCCCUUGCUCCGUCACGUGUGGUGGAGGUUACCAGCUAACCUCAGCAGAGUGCUUUGACCUGCGGAGCGGCCGGGUGGUUGUGGAUCAGUAUUGUCAUUAUUACCCAGAGAACGUCAAACCCAAACCCAAACUCGAGGAGUGCAACAUGGAGCCCUGCCUGGCCAGUGACGGCUACAAGCAAAUCAUGCCGUAUGACCUCUACCACCCCCUGCCUCGAUGGGAGAGCAGUCCCUGGACCGCCUGCUCCACCUCGUGCGGAGGAGGACUCCAGAGUCGCUCGGUGUCCUGCGUGGAGGAGGACAUGCAGGGUACCAUCACUCCCACAGAGGAAUGGAAAUGUCUCUACUCCCCCAAGACAGCUAUACUGCAGCCCUGUAACACCUUUGACUGCCCCACCUGGCUGGCACAGGAGUGGUCGCCCUGCACGGUGACCUGUGGGCAGGGUCUGCGCUACAGGGUGGUGUUAUGCAUCGAUCACAGAGGACUCCAUGCUGGAGGUUGCAACCCCACCACCAAACCCCACAUCAAGGAGGAGUGCCUGGUGACUGUGCCCUGUUAUAAAUCCAUAGAUACGCUCCCAGUUGAGGCAAAACCUGUGUGGCAUAAGCAGGCCAUAGAGCUGGAGGAGGAGAUCAGUGUUACUGAGGAACCGACCUUCAUCCCUGGUCCGUGGCAGCCCUGCAGCAGGACAUGCGGUGCUGGGACCCAGCGACGGACCAUCAAGUGCCAGGUCCUGCUGUCCUUCUCCCAGACAGUUGCUGACCUGCCCGAUGACGAGUGUGAGGGGGUAAAACCUGCUACGAGUCAGCCCUGCUACCGUACUCCCUGCUCUGGUGUUUCGGGCCAAGGAAAAGAGAGCCAAAAGGAGGGACAGGAAGAGGAGGGUGGGGAGAUACCUGAAAAAGAAGAACUACACGACUGGGAGUAUGAGGGGUUUACGGAGUGCUCAGAGAGUUGUGGGGGAGGUGUGCAGGAGGCUGUGGUCAUCUGCCUGAACAAGCAGACCAGGGAGGCAGCAGACCAGAGCCUGUGUGUGAGCUCCCGUCGGCCCCCGCAACUCCUGCAGGACUGCAAAACUCAGCCCUGCCCACCCAGGUGGGAAACAGAGGAGUGGAGUUCAUGCUCUGCUACCUGUGGGGUUGGUCUGAUGACCCGCACUGUGGCAUGCACUCACCGGCCCUCUCGGGACAGUAACCGUACUGAGGUUUUGAGGGAUGAAGACUGUCAGAGCCCCAAGCCCAACCCUGUCCAAGCCUGCAACCGCUUUGACUGCCCUCCUAUGUGGGAAACGCGUGACUGGGGCCAGUGCUCCCAGAGCUGUGGUGGUGGAUUUCAAAGGAGGCAGGUCCUGUGCAAACAGCGGUUGGCAGAUGGCAGCAUCCUGGAGCUGCCUGACACCUUUUGCCCCUCCAAGGGCCCCGCAAACCAGCAGCCCUGUGCCAAGCAAGAGUGUCCACCUCAAUGGGUGACAACUGACUGGUCCCAGUGUUCAGUGACCUGUGGAAAUGGCAUUCAGAGACUACAGGCAGUCUGCAGAAGACAAGGGGAAGAUAGGGGACAUGUGAUCGUAGACUCUGAGAACUGUUCCCUGAUGGCCCGGCCCACCAAAAUCCGGCCAUGCUCCCUUAGGCUCUGUGAGAAUUCUGUCAAGCCCGAUCCCACCAUACUGGCCCAGAGAAAGGUGUAUAUCCAGUUGAGGAAGGGCAAAAAGUUACAGAUGGUAGUGGGAGGCUAUGCCUACCUGCUCCCCUGGACAACUGUGGUUCUUCGCUGCCCAACCCGACACUUCCGCAAAGGCUACAUCCGAUGGUUGAAGGAAGGAAAGCCAUUGGCCGGACUCCCACACCUCUCCAUAACAUCACUAGGAUAUGUGAAGAUUCAGCAGGUUCGUGCAUCUGAUGCCGGGAUAUACACAUGCGUUGCAGGACAGGCCAAAGAACAUUUUGUCCUACAAAUCAUUGGCAGCAAGCAGAAGCUCUCUGUUCCGGAGACAUGGCUCCUCGCGGGUGGACGACAAAAGGUUGGGCAGCCAGAUGUGGCCUCAACAGGGGAAAGAUUUCCAGAGCUACCCAUCUCCCUCAACCAAUAUGACAACAUUGUUGAGCAUUUGCUUGAACUCAAAGGCUCUCUCCAAGAUGUAAAAGACACUGCUGAUAAAACACACUCCAGUGAAAAGAACAGGUCGACCCUGGAGGAUGAGAGAACAGGCUCAGAACUUCCAAGCCUGCUCGUACUCAUCGCCGAUACCCACAGGCUAGAUGAGAUCAUGCAUAACCUCUCUGAAGGCCACGGAGGGCCAAGGGGGGAACAACUCAUCGCACAACUGCUGAGUGAGCUCAUUGUGACACAAGUUGAAACCAAUGAGUCUACUCUUCAUCCCCCGGAAAGUGCAGAAUCCUCCACGCAAGGGCCUCUCCUUUAUAAACCGAACAUCAAAGCCCACACGUCCAGGCCAAGAAAUCCGGUGAUAAUCCAACGGCCCAGGAAGCUCGGAUUGGUACCGUCGCCUGAAAUGAUAGCUCAUGUGGGAGUGCCAGUUUUGCUGCAGAAACCCAUUGCUAGUUUGGAGCUGAGAUGUGAGGCACUGGGGGACCCUGAACUAUCCCUGACAUGGACAAAGAAUGGAAAAGAGUUGCACUACAACAGCAGAGUAGGCCUGUUGUCCACCGGCUCACUGAGGAUCCAGUCUCCAAGCAAGGUGGAUGAGGGUCUGUACACCUGCACUGCCAGGAACCGUCUUGGAGCUACAUCUCUUUCGUCUUGGCUGCAGAUUACAUAUUUCAAAGGAAGAAAUUGUGUGGGAGCCAGUGGCCCUAUUUGCUCUGAGAGGAGUAACAGCAGCAAGUCAGCUGAGCUGUGUAAUGGACAAGCCUGCCCCCUCAGGUGGCAGGUGUAUCCUUGGUCGCCAUGCUCAGCCAGCUGUGGAGGUGGCUCCCAGACCAGGAGUGUCCGCUGCAUGAAGGGUCCUGAGGGCAGAUCAAGAGAGAUGGAGAGCCAGCACUGCCUUGGCACGGGAAGGAGACCCUCUGACACUAGGCUAUGCAACCAACUGCCCUGUGCCAGAUGGGCCACUACCCACUGGGGAGCAUGUAAUGGUCAAUGUGUGGGUCCCAGUUUGGCCACACAGCACCGCCAUGUUUACUGCCAAGACACAAAUACCACCAAAGUCCCCUACAGGAUGUGCAGUGGACUCCAGAGACCCAGCUCCGUGAAGAAUUGCUCCGCAGAGGCCUGUGCCCUUCACUGGCGUGUAAGCCCGUGGACGCAGUGCACUGCCACCUGUGGGCGGCACGGUUUCCAGUCACGCCAGGUGACAUGUGCACACCGUCGAACUGGAAAGGCCACACGUGAACAUCACUGCAUGUGGAGGCCUCGCCCUCCCAGCUGGCAGAGGUGCAAUAUUUUGUCCUGUGGCAGAGCAGGAGAGUGUCGAGACAGCACGAGGUACUGCGAGAAGGUUCAACAGCUAGAGCUUUGUCCACUGCCCCAGUUUAAGAGCCGCUGCUGUCAUUCCUGCCGAAACACCUGAGGCGGGGCCGUAAGACGAGGGCCAUGGGCGACCUGGAUAGGUCAGGGGAGAUGCUCAGACAGCCAAAAGAGACUUGAAACCUCUAUGCUCUAUCCUCACACCCACAACUGUCUUCAAUGACCAGUCUUGGAUUAGGAUACCUGAGUGUGGAAGAAUGUUUGGAUGGUCAUACCGAGAGUGGUUGUGAUCUACUUCCCUCAAUGAUCUCAUGUGUGGGUUUGAAUUUGAAAGUAUUUGAGAGGAGUGAUGCGUCUGUUAAUGAAGGCUUCGGUUUUACUUCUUUCUUUUUCUAAUCUGAUGCUUUUGAAGCUUUCCUAAAUUCUGCAAACGUGACUAAGAUACCAUUUCCAUUGUGAGUAAUAGGUUUCUAUUGUGGUGACUGCAUUGUACCAUAAAGGGGAACUCAUACAAGAACAAACUGUCCACAUUAAUGCUAUCUGGUGUAGUUUCUUUGCUAAAAGAAUUGGGUGGGGAAAAAAGUGCUGCGCCACUGUGUUCUAUUGUAGCAACAUCACUUCAUCUCCAAAAUAAGGUGCAUAUUAUCAUGCAAUUUAGCUUCCAAUACACAAAUAUGUAACUAAUGUACUUUUUUUUCAUUGAUUGACUUCAUACCCAGGGAUUUUGGGUAGACCCCUGAGCUUUUGAUAACCACUGGAUAGUUGUGUGUUUGCCUUUAUUGCAAUGGUCUCCAAAACAGUGUUGAUAAAUAGUUGUAAUGCUAUUUGAGCUUUUAUUAUAGAGGUAUGGGUAAACUCCUGUUUAAAUGCAGCAUAAUGCUGCCUAUAAAGGGGAAACGGCUAACAUGUCUAAAAGGCUAAUAUUCAAUAAAUGAUAUACAGCCACAUGUUAAAUGGAGCAUGAUCUGUGCUAUCGUUUGGGGUAAUUCAGCACGUGUUGACCGUAACGAUUGGUCAAGUCAUUUGAAGAGGAAAGGAUUUGGUAUUGCAGGCGUAACUGCGUUUUUUGGGUAGAAUAGAAAGUAGGACAUGAAAAAGAUUUAUCUUGCAUGGGUUGCACUAUGAGGGUGUAUGACUGAAGCAAGUCAAUCUUUGGAAAAAAGACACUUAUUUUGCACUCGACUCAUCCAAGUCUUUGUUAAGAAAAUGGCUUGUAGAGUAUUUUUUUUUUAGUUUGUAAAGUUACAUUGUUUAUAUAUUUUGUUUUGUGAUUUUGGUAUUUCUUGGAACGAUAUUUGUUAAAAUGUCCCUUUAACCACUUUGUGACCUUUUUAAAUGCCUCUCCACCAAAUUCUAUUUUUGCUUUAGUGUGACAUUUUAAGCAAAAACAACGUUACAUUUGACAGUCCUUACGUAACUCUUCUUCUUUUCACAGAUUUCAGUGUUGGUUGAACUUAAAACAUGUAAGUAAGAACUCUGUGUUACAUUUGGUUAUUGGUUAAAACAGUAGGGAAGUUUUUAAAAGAUCAUCAUUGAUGUACCAUACUUGUGCCAGAUAGGCAGGGUUUGCACUUUUGACAUGUAGUCCUGAGUUCAUCAUGUGUGCAACACAUACGUUAGCCGAUAACUUGGCCUUUCUAGGUGUGAUUAUUUGACUUUGUGAAAGACAAACAUGAUUAACAUAUUACUUAUGCCUUUAAGUUAUGUAGAUAUUUGUUUUGUCCUUAACUAUUUAUUUCAUACGUGUUCCUGUGCAUAGUUUUGUAAAUAAUUACAGGGGUUGGUUUUAAGUAUUCAUUUCCCUACAAUUUAUUGGUAUUUGAUGUGCAUGCAAUGGGGACCCUCUGCUGGUGAACUGAUGUGUUGCGUCCUGCUCAUGCCUGGUUUAUUAUUAAAUAAAACCAAAUACAUUCCUUUUAGAA